UUUUGCUUGCUCGGGGCACAAUGAGCUUAAGUCAAAAACUCAGUCACUUGAUAAAGUCAAGUUUUAACAUUCUUGCGACCUCCCUUCUGGCUUUUUUGCUGAUUGUCCUGGAAAAACUAAUGGAAACUGAAUUCACAUGCCCAAGUGAUCCCACCCUUGGAAUUUGCUACAGCUGUGCAUUUUUCUUUCUGCCAAUUCUAGUUCUCAUAGCUCUGAGUAUGAAGUAUUCUCCUGGAGUCAGCUGCGGCAGAUGUUCUUGCCCUGGAUUCUGGUGUGGUUGUCUACAAGUCUCAGUCGCACCUCUACUCUGGUGCCUUAUUUUAUUAACCGAUGGACGUUACCUUACCUGCUUCCUGAAAUCUGCUACUGGAAAGGUGACCUCAGGUGUUAAGGAAAUAAGCCAGAUUAUCGGACUGAUUCUCAUCACAGUGUUUAUAAUUGCAAUGCUUGUUAUUCCUCAGUUACAAAUGUGUGAGAGCUCCUGUGUAGAUACGCUGAAAAAAUAUUAUUUUCGAAAGAAGCAUGAAACAAAUGUCCUAUGUGAGGUUGAGAGAAUUCUACAAAAAGGGGUUCAGGAUAAAACACGUGAAUAUGUACAAACAAGGAUCGAUGAAAGUCUGAGUAACAUAAAGGCUGACAAUUGUGAUACACAGAUAGACCUAAUGAACAUCAUAUGGCAGCAGAAAAACAAUAUAAAGAAUGAACUGAAUAACCAGAAAUAGGAAGACGCUGGGAGGAAACCCUCACAAAAAACAUAAGAUGCUAGAAAUAUGCAAUCAUAGGGCUGAAAGAUCACCGGAAGAUACUAGAAGCUAUCAGGCCAGCACGGCCAACAACUGUUGCCCGCGGCUCCCACCUGUGGACAUCUACCUGGGGUCAUUCUGUGAGCUGAGAUUCUAACAAUAUUAGUCCAUCACAAAGAUUCUUUUGUAGUGACAAGCCAAUGGUCCAUGUGAAAACCAAUAUGUGUUACAUACGUUAUUUUGGUAAUGCUUUUAUUGGUUUAAACCCUGGCGUAAACUAGUGUGUGGUAGGUCCACAUUACACAGAAUUGAAAACCGUCCUUAAUACAUGGCGUUCACAGCUUGCAGCUUUAUUUUGGGUAAUUUGCUUUGUUACAUUUUCAAAGAUUUUAAACAUUUUAAUGUGUAUGAUUGCAUAUACUCUGAAAAAUGCUUUUUUUCUCUUUGUUUUGCUUUUGUUUCUUUAACAUGAUGAUUCAGUGGUCUAAAUCAACGUUAAAUAAAACAUUAUUCAUUUCAUCA